CCGAUACCUCAAGUCCCACAAUCCUCAGCAGCGUUUCAAAAUCAAAUCAAAUCUCUUUGAGUCAUGUCAUCAGUCAAUGGGUGUGAGAAAGAGAAAAGAGGACGUUGCCAGAAACAAAGACACAAGAAAGGCUCUCUACAUUCAGCUGCGCAAUACAGAGGUUUUCUCUGCAGGAUUUUUAGCUCCCUUAGUCUCCUUCUGCCAUGCCACGGUCGUUCCUUGUCAGGAGCAAAAGGACCCAUCUAACUGGCCAAUCCAAGGACUCCUUUAGACAACACUUCCAGCCCAAAACAGAUGCCAACCAACCUGUGCAGCAUGCAGUGGGACAGGAGAGGACGUAUCCUGAAGAUGAUGUGCAGCCUUUGUCCCCCAAGGUAGGGGUCAAAGACUUUCUGGCUGAAGGCUGCCCACCGUGGGAUGGGACGGCAGUCCAGUCUCACAGUGCCCCCACAGAUGAUCCUUGGCCUUCAGCCCCUGUGGAGAAAAGAGACACUCCUCUGCUGGUAUCACCAUGGUUGGUGGACAGAAACCAGGCAUCUGAAAGAGAAAGAGAACUGGAGAGACUGGUCUUCAUGUUACUCAACCACACAUCACACACUGACCUCAAAUCUCGCGUCAGCGAGUGUCCACUAUGUGAAAAGUCUCUUUCAGAGGUACUAAUAUCAGGAGGUGACCUGCAGGCUCAUGUUCACAACACCCUCUCUGUCCCUUUGAUAAGUUCACCCACAGCCACGGACAUGCCCCAUUUGCCCUUUGGCUUCAGAGCAAUAGGCGGCUAUGGCAGAGCUAAGGAGCGUAGCUUUGGCUGCAAGGUCUGUGGAAAGGUGUUCAAGCGCUCGUCCACGCUGUCCACACACCUCCUCAUCCACUCAGACACGCGGCCCUACCCCUGCCAGUACUGCGGCAAAAGGUUCCACCAGAAGUCAGACAUGAAGAAACACACAUUCAUACACACAGGUGAGAAACCACACGUGUGCAAGGUGUGCGGUAAAGGAUUCAGCCAAAGCUCCAACCUCAUCACCCACAGCCGAAAGCACAGCAGCUACCGGCCGUUCAGCUGCCCCUGCUGUCAGCACAGCUUCCAGCGCAGGGUUGACCUACAGCGCCACCAAGAGACACAGUGUGGAUAUAGAGACAUGUACACUCAAAACUGAGUCCAUGACGAAAUGGAGUCAUGUCAAUCAAAUGUGUGAAAUGGCAUUUGUAAAUAAUGUUCACUCAUUCGUAUUUGUAAAAGUUAUAAAAUAUGCAGCAAGUAAUGACAAAAAAAUGGAAGGUAAAUAAAAUUUGAUUGUGUAAAAAA